AUGCCACGGUUGACGGUUGUAACUAAAAAUGUGCUGUAUCCAUUGCAAAAGACCUUUGCAGCGGGCAGUUACGGGCAGGCUGGAACAAGGUCAUUAGCUUCCGUGGUGGAAGCUACGUCGAGAAACGCCAACACCAACGCCAACGCCAGAGUGGACAUGAAAGUAAGCGAGCGGAUCUAUAAGUGGACAAAGGCAGGUGUGGAACAAGGUAAGGAACAUUUCAAAGUUGGUGGAAACAGGGUCUACUUCCCAAAGGCCAGAAUAAUCCUACUAAGACCCAACGCGAAGCAUACGCCAUACCAAGCAAAAUUCAUCGUCCCAAAAUCGUUCAACAAGCUGGACCUGAGGGACUACCUCUACCACGUCUACGGGUUAAGAGCAAUGAACAUCACGACGCAGCUGCUGCACGGAAAGUUCAACCGCAUGAACUUGCAAACCACUCGAUUCAGGGAACCGCAGAUCAAGAAAAUGACUAUCGAGAUGGAGGAACCGUUUAUUUGGCCCGAGGAGCCUCGCCCGGGCGAAAACACCUUUUGGGACAGCACCACACCGGACAACAUGGAAAAGUAUCGCGAGGAAAGACUGAACUGUCUGGGCUCCGACGCUAACAAGCCUGGCACAGCUUUCGACGGGGUUGUGGGACCCUACGAGCGGGUGGCCCAACCUUUUGUACCCCGGUUCUGGAAACGAGAGAUGGACAAUAAGCGAGAGCGUUACUCCGCGGAACUGCAGCGCGCAGACAAGCUUAUCGCCCUGGACAGGUAUGUAAAGGAUCUUCACUGA